AGACUCGGACAAAAUGGCGACCCGAAAGUAUGAAGUUUAUGCCGACCAUGUACUCCGUUUGCCGAUCGAUAAUAAUGGAGGAUUUGGAUUUUUCGGGGUCCUUGGUGCACUCCGUGAAUUUUGUGAUUUCAGUGUCUGGAUAAGUGCUAAAGUCUUUAAAAGUGCUCUACUGGAGCGGUUACAUCACCGCAAAUUCAGAAGACUUCAAUUUGGAUCUCAAAAUGUGUUUCAAAUCACGCAGAUAAUUUUUCCUCGCUGAAAAGUUGGUAAAAAAACCUCCCUAGAGGUUCUCCAAUGGUCCUAGAGACUCUCAUUCAGGACGAAGGUGACUCAGAAUUUGACAUCAUGAAUUCAGCCGUCAGCACUGAAUCUAUGGAUAUGACAGAGGAGGACAUGUCUCAAGUGGACGGCUGCGGUCUCAGCGGCGCUUCGGACGACGACGAGGAGUGCGUGUCGUCCCCCACCGGCUCCAAUUACGACGACAGCGCGGACAUCAUCAAGAACGCUAUGAGCGAUGAGGUCACCAAACAGCUGGCCGCUGCUGGUCCGGUAGGCAUGGCCGCGGCGGCCGCCAUCGCCUCGUCAAAGAAGCGCAAGCGCCCGCACUCCUUCGAGACCAACCCAUCGGUCAGGAAGCGGCAUCAGAACAGGCUGCUGAGGAAAUUGAGGCAAACCAUAGAGGAGUUCGCGACCCGCGUGGGCCAACAAGCUGUCGUUCUAGUGGCCACCCCGGGGAAGCCCAACACCUCGUACCGGGUGUUCGGCGCCAAGCCGCUGGAGGACGUGGUGAGGAACCUCCGCUGCAUGAUCAUGGAGGAACUGGAGAACGCGCUGGCUCAGCAGUUCGGGCUGGGCGGGCCGGCGCAGGCGCCGCCGCCGCCGCAGGACGACCCGUCGCUGUUCGAGCUGCCGCCGCUCAUCAUCGACGGCAUCCCCACGCCCGUCGAGAAGAUGACGCAGGCGCAGCUGCGCGCCUUCAUCCCGCUCAUGCUCAAGUACUCCAUGGUUCGUGGUAAGCCGGGCUGGGGCCGGGAGUCCACGCGUCCGCCGUGGUGGCCCAAGGACCUGCCCUGGGCCAACGUCAGAAUGGACGCCCGCUCAGAGGACGAGAAACAGAAGAUGUCGUGGACGCACGCGUUACGUCAGAUCGUGAUCAACUGCUACAAGUACCACGGCCGGGAGGAUCUGCUGCCCGCCUUCACCGAGGAGGACGAUAAACCGCAGACACAACCCAUGUCGCAGUACGCCCCGGCAGUUCUCCAGACCAUCACCAAUCCGGACGGCACAGUGUCCCUCAUACAAGUGGACCCCAACAACCCCAUCAUAACGCUGCCAGACGGCACUACGGCCCAAGUGAUCCACAGCGGCGAGGGCGGCGCGGGCGUGGUGUCGGCGCUGGACGGCGAGGGCGCGGUGGCCGUGGACCUCAACGCGGUGGCCGAGGCCACGCUCAACCACGACGGCCAGAUCAUUCUCACCGGCGAGGACGGCCACGGCUACCCGGUGUCGGUGUCGGGCGUGAUCACGGUGCCGGUGUCGGCGUCGGUGUACCAGUCCAUGGUGGCCAGCAUGCAGCAGCAGGACGGCGUGUGCGUCGCGCCGCUCGUGCAGGUUGAACAGAACGGGGAGACAUUGGAAGCGAUUUCAAUGGGAGGCGGCGUGGCGCAGGUGAUGCUGCAGGGCGGGGGUGAGGCGCAAGUUCUCCAAGUUCUCAGUCUGAAGGACGCCAACGCGCUAACCAAGGCCAUGCAACAAGUGAAAGCGGAGCGCGACGCAGUGGCGGCGGACUCCUAGCUGCUGACGCUCGUGGCGGCGUCGCCGGAGCCCGAGCCGGACCUGCUGCUCGAGCGAGCGUAGCCCCCACUCACACACACUAGCUAAUGCACCGGUGAUCUAGACUGGGUCUCUCUACAGACAGUUAUUGAACAAGACGCCUUCCUAUUUUUGGACUUGCAGCCAGUUUUGUCAGAUACAGAUGUGUAGAUUUUUUUUUUUGGUGGUAGUGAUAUGGUGCUCGAGCCAACGUAGACUCCACACUAGGUAAUGUACCGGUGAUCUAGACUGGGUCUCUCUACAGACAGUUAUCUAACAAGACGCCUUCCUAUUUUUGGACUUACAGCCAGUUUUGUCAAAUAGUACGGAUGUGUAGAUUUUUUUUUUUGGUGGUGGCGAUAUGGUGCUCGAGCCAACGUAGACUCCACACUAGGUAAUGAACCGGUGGUCCGGACUGGAAUAUUUUUUAUUGAGAUAGUUCAGUUUUCUCAAAUGUUACGGUGAACUAAGAUUUUUUGGUGGUGGCGUCCUGCUGAUUCGAGCGAGCGUAGCCUCCACACUAGCUUAUACCGGUGAUAUAGAGCGGGUUUCUUUACAGACAGUGAUUGAACCAGACGCCAUUCUUUUUAUUUUCUCAUACGCUGCUGACUCGUGGCGGUUAAUGCCCGACCAGAAAUGCUGCUCGAGCGUAUUAGCUAAAUGUAUGGUGGUUUACACUGGGUGUCUUUGGAGUCAGUAAUCGAUAAAUUUUUGAUAGUUUAUUUGGAGUUAUGUACCUAUAUUGAAUUUUAUCGGCCAGCUUGGACAAACCCUUUGGCUUUUUAAAUUUAAACCUUUUAACUUAUUAUUCUUAUGAUAUGAAUGCCCAAAAUUUAAAUUCUACAUUAUUGGGAACUUUGAGAGCGAGUUGAACAACGCACUAGUCUUUGUAAUACGUCCGUAAAACUCGUUUAAAUUACUGACUCGAAUUAAAUUAUAUAAGUUAGGAUAAAUUAUUUAUUUGAUAAAACUAUUUGGUUUGCAAUUUUUAUUUAUUGAAUCUAUUUAUUUAUACAAAUCUACAAGGAAACAGAUUUGUGCAAUAUUUUUUACAAUGACCAUUUUAUUUUACGUUGUUUUCGUGUGUAGUAUGACAAUUUUAAUUGGAAUAGAAAAACGCGGCACUAAUGAAGUAUUUAUUAUGAUUAUACAUUCCUUAAUUUUAUUUAUUUAAGUUUGUUGAGAUUGUUGUUUGUUUAAUUUAUUGCGUGUAUUGUUUGUUAUUUUUGCGUUUGCGUCAAAAUCUAGUCAGCCACGCAAACUAUUCUAGUCUUACUUAUAGAAACUGAGAUACGAAUUGUCGAUUCACAUUAACUGAGAAUGUAAGUUUUGUAAUAUAUAUUUAACUAAAUGAAUUAAUGUAAUUAAAUAGUCCACUUGUAAUUGUAUAUUCUGAUUGAAAUGAGAAUAUAUUUUGUGCGCAGGGUGACAUAUACAUUAUGGAGAAAUUGUAUCAAUGUAACGUGUAUAGAUGUAACUUCAAAUUAUAGUUGUUAAACUGAACCCGAGACCUAAAGGAGCUUUAGAUGCAAAUGCUUCUGCAGCCUACACGUCUAUAUUGUAACAUAAUCCGCAAAACUUAACUCAUAACUACAUACAGAACUAUAUAGAACAACAUACCAAUUCAAAACGUAUUAUGUACCUACUUGUGAUACGAAUAUGGUAUUAUGUUCUAUGUGGGCCACUGUACAGUACAGGCGCUUCCAACGCAGCUAGGGUCUCAUGUAAUUGUGUACAAGUAAAUAUUUCUAGCUCGAAUUAUAUGUCCCAUUGGCAUUUUUGGAUUGAACAUUCACCUUAAAAAUUAAGAUAAAAUUUACUCGUUAACAUAGUGUGGGACUAGUCGAUAAGGUAGAAGUCAUAGCAAAGUACAAAGUGAGGGAGUUACUAUUAGAAAGCUAUUUAUUUAACGAAAAGACAAAAGGUAUUAUUUAUUAGUGUUUUUGUUCCUUUUUUUAUUUUUAUUUUCCUUACCAAAGAUUUAUUGUUUCAUUUUCUUAGUAUAAAGGUGUAAGCACAAUUUUGUUGUAAGUACAAUGAUUUGUGAUUGUAAAUAAUGUGGUAUGAAUGUGUGAAUAUUGCAAUCAUUAAAGUAUUUACGUAAG